AUUAAAAUUAACCUUAGUUUAAAAAUUUUUUUACAUCUUUCUGUAAUCUGUUAAUAACUUUUUCAUAUAUAUAUUUUCUAACCGUAUAUCUGUUUAUAAUAGCAUAUAAAAAAUGUGUGGUAUAUUUGCAGCUUACAAACAACGUGAAGUUGAACAAUUUAAAGGUAAAGCAUUACAAUAUUCUAAAAGAAUUAGACAUAGAGGUCCAGACUGGUCUGGUAACAUUAUUCAAAACUCAACAAUCUUAUGUCAUGAAAGAUUAGCUAUUGUUGGUUUAGAUUCUGGUGCUCAACCAAUUACAUCUCCUGAUGAAAACUUUACUUUAGCAGUUAAUGGAGAAAUUUAUAAUCAUAUUCAUUUAAGAGAAGAAUUUAAAUCUUAUGGAUUUAAAUCUUUAAGUGAUUGUGAACCUAUUAUUCCUUUAGUUGAAAAAUAUGGUAUUGAUGCUCCUAAAUAUUUAGAUGGUAUGUUUGCUUGGGUUUGUUAUGAUAAUAAAGCUGAUAGAAUAAUUGCUGCUAGAGAUCCAAUUGGUAUUACAACUUUAUACUUGGGAAAAUCUUCAAAAUCUCCAGAAACUAGAUAUUUUGCUUCUGAAUUAAAAUGUUUAAUUGAUGAAUGUGAUGAAAUUACUGCUUUCCCUCCUGGUCAUGUUUAUGAUUCAAACACUGAUAAAAUUACUAGAUAUUUCGAACCAACUUGGUGGGAUGAAUCUAAAAUUCCUGAAAAACAUGUUGAUUAUAAAGAAGUUAGAGAAACUUUGGAAUUAGCUGUUAGAAAGAGAUUAAUGGCUGAAGUUCCUUAUGGUGUAUUAUUAUCUGGUGGUUUGGAUUCUUCAUUAAUUGCUGCUAUUGCUUCAAGAGAAACUAAAAAAGCUGCUGCAACUAUUACCACUGAAGGUAUUGAUGCUAACAGAGAAUUAUCUGGUGUUGAUGAUAAGGGUUCUUUACAUACUACAGGUUGGAACAGAUUACAUUCUUUUGCUAUUGGUUUACCUGGAGCACCAGAUUUAAUUGCUGCUGAAAAAGUUGCUCACUUUAUUGGUACAAUUCAUCAUUCUCAUACUUUUACUAUUGAAGAUGGUAUUGAUGCUUUAGAUGAUGUUAUUUAUCAUUUAGAAACUUAUGAUGUCACCACUAUCAGAGCUUCAACUCCAAUGUAUUUAUUAUCUAGAAAAAUUAAGGCUCAAGGUGUAAAGAUGGUUUUAUCAGGUGAAGGAUCUGAUGAAAUUUUUGGUGGUUAUUUAUAUUUUGCUAAUGCUCCAAGUGCUAAAGAAUUCCAUCAAGAAUGUGUUAAGAGAGUUAAGAACUUACAUUAUGCUGAUUGUCUUAGAGCCAAUAAAUCUACUAUGGCUUGGGGUUUAGAAGCCAGAGUUCCAUUCUUAGAUAAACAAUUCUUAGAAGUUUGUAUGAACAUUAACCCUGAAGAUAAACUUAUUGAUCAAAAGGCAGGAAAGAUUGAAAAAUACGCAUUAAGAAAAGCUUUUGAUACAACUGAUGAACCAGAUGUUGAACCUUAUUUACCAGAAGAAAUCUUAUGGAGACAAAAGGAACAAUUCUCUGAUGGGGUUGGAUAUUCUUGGAUUGAUGCUUUAAAAGAUACUGCAGAAGCUACUAUCUCUGAUGAACAAUUCCUUCAUCCAAAACCAGAAUGGGGUGAUGAUAUUCCAACCACUAAGGAAGCUUAUUGGUAUAGAUUAAAAUUUGAUUCAGUUUUUAAUAAUUCAAAGACUGCUGCUACUACUGUUAUGAGAUGGAUUCCAAAAGCCGAAUGGGGUUGUCAUGAAGAUCCAUCUGGUAGAUAUGCUACAACUCAUGACCAUAAAGUUGAUCAAGUUUAAGGGUUUUGAAGUUUUAUAGAUUUUUAAGCUACAGCACUAAUACCAUGGUUCAUGGUUCAUGGUUCAUGGUUUUGUAUAUGGCUAGUAUCAUUGUUAUUAUUAAUAUUAAACUUUAGUUCUUUUUUUUUUUUAAAUUAGUAUUAGUAUUACAUACUUUGUAAGUUAUAACAAAAACUUUUCA